CCCACGCGCUUAAUGUGGCACAGUGGAAUCCAUAUCUUUACCAGCUACCCAGUCCGCGAGUUACCACAAUUCCCGCAGCUUUCGCUGCUGUAUGGAGUGAAAAUGCGGCUGGAGCCGCCUCCUUUGCUGUGCCACAUGCCGCAGACUGAUAUCGCGCGAGCGUUUGCGUUUGGUACUAAGUACUGAUCUUUCCAGCCUUACUAUCAUCACUAUUUGUUAACCAACCCGGGGAGCACUGCCUUUUCAAAAUAUUUCUCUUCCAUGUCCAUUCCGGCAGAGGCCAACAGCGGCGGCGUAACCUCCUGGAUCCCUGUAGCAAGCGUUUUUACCCCAUCAUCUGGCUCCUCUGACAUGCCCACAUCUGUGGACGACUGUUGCAUCAUACAAGGAAGACGUGUCCACGACACAGAUCAUGUGUUGCCCCUCGUUACUCCGUGGACGAUGCCUGCCACCACUGGCCCCGUUAACGGCGACUGCAUUUCUGGCGUAUCCAAAGGUAUCGUUUUGACCUACGCCUCAACGGCUUUGGCCGACACCACGGAUUGGCAGAUAGUUACGACAACUUUGACCGCUUCUACACACGUUGGAGCUAUCGCCGUAGCAGGCUACAACGCCGCACGCGCGAGCGUAACCUCUGCAUCAAGCCCUUUCGGGAGUUCUACAAGCUCUCGGUCUGCAUCUCGGUCUCCAACGUCUUCGACGGCGUCUCCAUCUCCGGCUUCUUCGACUGUGUCUCACUCUCUAGCUUCUUCGACAGCAUCUCCAUCUCCAGCUCUUUCGAAUGGUGUCAACCCUCCGAUAUCUUCCCCUACUCAAGCCACCACUCAAGCCACCACUCCAGAUGACGGAAUGUCAACAGGCAUAAAAGUAGGAAUUGGACUGGGUGUCGCUCUUGGGGCGAUUGGUAUCGCUGCUCUGGUCAUCGCAACGAUCAUGCUUCGGCGUCGAAGCGAAAAGAAGUCAAAUGACUCUAACGCAGCAGCAUCAGUCUAUGAGAGUGGGAAUAAACCCGUCAGCACAUUCCACGACGCCCCGCAGCAAUAUGCUCAACAUGAUAAUCCCAUUUAUGAGCUUCACAGCCACAGCAUAGCUCAAGAAUUGGCUUCUAAGGAGGCACGCUCGCCAGUAGAGAUAGGAAAUCAUGGUAGUUGAGAGAUUAGCGUCAUUUCAAAGUCUAGUGUUACCUAGGUAGUGUUGGGCUGUGUACCCUCGAUUUGGCUCAUAUGCUUAGUAACCGGGACGAAUGAUUGUGAACUCCAUGGAAAGCGAUAUAACAUGGCAGGUUUGGGGUUACAAUCGAAUACAAAUCCUUGCUCAAUAUCGUUCGCCUUUGACUGAAUGUGACGCGCGGCUGAGAUUCGACUCUGGCAACAAAAAUGGAAUAUGAGGAGAGUACUGGAGGGUAUGGCGACAAAAAGGACUUAGGACACCAACUAGGAGCAGCUUCUACCUCCAGAGGGAAUAGAGGGAUGUAGUAUCUGUUGAUGCCUGAGAGCUGACAUACUAUCUGGGCGCAUAUUGGCAAUCGGCCAACUUGGAUGAAUCCAUCAUCGAUAAACAUUGUUGGCAUAUUCUUUGCGGAGCAGUGUGAACCAGUCUGUGCAAGCCACAUCAAGGUUGGGGUAUUCAUGAAACUAUUG